CCAUAAUGCGGCGCCGCGGCUGAGGCCCCCGCCGAGCGGGAGGGGGAGGCAGAGCCGUGUAUAAAUGGCGCCCAAGCAGGACCCCAAGCCCAAAUUCCAGGAGGGUGAGCGGGUGCUGUGCUUCCAUGGCCCUCUCCUCUACGAAGCGAAGUGUGUGAAGGUUGCCAUAAAGGACAAGCAGGUGAAAUACUUCAUACAUUACAGUGGCUGGAAUAAAAACUGGGAUGAAUGGGUUCCAGAAAGCAGAGUGCUCAAAUACGUCGACACCAAUCUGCAGAAACAGAAAGAACUUCAAAAGGCCAAUCAGGAACAGUAUGCAGAAGGAAAGAUGAGAGGCGCUGCUCCAGGAAAGAAAACGUCCGGUCUCCAGCAGAAGAAUGUUGAAGUAUUUUUCAGACGAGAUGGAGCGCAUACAGUUUGCAGUUUGGAGACCCCUGCAAUAUCGACGCGGAAGACCAAAAAGAACAAACAGAAAGCCCCGGGAAUUGGAGAAGGUAGCAGCACCAAUGAAAACCCUCAGCCUCCCAGGAAGAAAAGGGCUCGAGUAGACCCUACAGUUGAAAGUGAGGAAACAUUUAUGAACAGGGUUGAAGUCAAGGUAAAAAUACCUGAAGAGCUGAAGCCGUGGCUUGUAGACGACUGGGACUUGAUCACCCGGCAAAAGCAGCUCUUCUAUCUCCCUGCCAAGAAGAAUGUAGACUCCAUUUUAGAAGACUAUGCAAGCUACAAGAAAUCGCGAGGAAACACUGAUAACAAGGAAUACGCGGUGAAUGAGGUGGUGGCAGGCAUCAAGGAGUACUUCAACGUAAUGCUGGGCACCCAGCUGCUGUACAAGUUCGAGAGGCCACAGUACGCGGAAAUCCUGGCGGACCACCCCGAUGCGCCCAUGUCGCAGGUGUACGGUGCUCCCCACCUCUUGCGACUCUUUGUCCGGAUUGGAGCAAUGCUUGCUUACACGCCUCUGGAUGAGAAGAGCUUGGCCUUGCUGCUGAACUACUUGCAUGACUUCUUAAAGUAUCUAGCCAAGAACUCCUCCACAUUGUUCAGUGCAAGUGACUAUGAGGUUGCACCUCCAGAAUAUCACCGGAAGGCUGUGUAAGCUGCUCACUAACAGUGCUAGUGUGAAUUUACGAUUGGUGUGCAUUGCUGGAAGGGGCCCUUGGAUCUCUGUGGCUCUCUUGCCCAGUACCAUGUUGUCCACAGUCUCUCGCGCACGUAUUUCUCUCUGCGAAGCUGACGUGUGUGUCGAGUGAAUAGUGUUUGUGUCUUCAGAUGGAACUGUCACCAUCCAAGUCCCGGGGGCUUUCUUCAGUUCUGAAACAAAUCGCUUAAGUAAGAGAGGCUUCUCGAGUGCUUCGUUGAAUCAGUGGGUGUUGGAUUGUUGCUGGAAAUGUAAAUGACAUUUCAUAACCCAAGUCCUGCAUGCUUUUAGGUCCUUUUUCCUUGACACCAAGCAGUGCCUGGCUUGGUAAAGUGUUGUCAUGUCUUCUGCCCAAGAGACUCUUGCUGCCAACAGAGUGGGGAGGACCAAACACAGGUGUACACUUGAAACUUUGGGGGUGUUGGGGGGAAGCGUCCUUGUAAUUUCUUGGUGUUGGGAGGGUCAAGUGUGAUUGUCAGUCUGUUCUUUGCCUGCAUUGUUACGGAACUGUGGAGCUGUUUUGUCUGUUGAUUUGACUGCACCUUCUAACAUAGGACAAGUGGAUCAUUGUCUCACAGGUUUUCUGAAGGGAUGUUUACAGGUCCCCUAAUAAACUUUUCUAUUUCAA